GUGCAACGGCUCUCUGCUCUCUGCAGGGCAUUAUAUCCAAGAUACUGCACGGUCGUACCUUGCUGGGAUAUAUCUGGCAGUCACACCAUGUGCAGCGCGGCAGGGUUGGAUGCGAGAAGCGCACGUCGCGUGACGUCACGGAGACGGACGAGUGACGCUGGUGGACAUCGCAGGUCUCUCUUUGCAUUUCCCCAUGAGGCCCCCACGCGCACGCCCCGCUCCAAAGGCGCUCAGUCUCUCGAUCCCCCGCUCACCUACCCCCCACAUGCCCAAGCGCGACAAGCCACAUCCCGUCCUCCGCUGGUUCUCCGCUAAGCACUCCCGCUCCCUCCCCCGCUCCCAUUCCCGCUCACAAACGCCCUCGCCCACGCCCUCAUCCUCCACCCCAUCCACGCCCUCCUCUGCCGCCUCCGCUCUCGCGGACGCCCUUGGCGACGACCCCCACCUCUCCCACCCUAAUUUCGACCCCGAGGCGCCAUCCCCCGUCGACCUCCCCACUCGCCCCGAGGCCGCCCGCCUGCCCGCUCAUUUCCGGCCCUCCCAGCCCCCACGCUUCCUCUCAGAGCUCACUCGCAGCACCCUCCCCACCGCCUCCCUCUCCCCGCCUCCCAUCUAUGCCUACUUCGACCCUUUCGCUCCCGCAGAACCACAUAACCCCGACCUCGACGUCUUCUACAGCCCCACGCCCACUCCAGUCGCUAUCCCCCACUCGCCUGCGCCCGCUCAUGUCAAUCGCUCGCGUGCCGGCUCGGGGACCAUCCCCUCAUAUUCCAGGCGCUCGUCCCUCGACACGCUGCGCGAGAUUCAGGAGAGAGAGCGUACGCUGCAUACCACUGCGGCGCAGCAGCUUAGGCUGCCCUCGCUGCCCGACUCGAUCCGCAGCUGGUUCUCGACGGAGGAGGAGAGCAUCCACCCGCUGCUCAGCGAGGAGGAUCAGCGGCGCACCGCGGAGGAGGAGAGGGAGCAUAUCCGCCGGAAAUACUACGCCCCGAAGAACCCUAUCGUAUUCUGUCACGGACUGCUCGGCUUCGACACCGUCACGCUCGGGCCCGCCAUCGCAUCGCUGCAAGUCACGCACUGGCGCGGGAUCAAGGAGGCCUUGGAGGCGAACGGCGUCGAGGUGUGUGUCUCUCGUCACCCAUUCACUCCCGCUCACUGA